AACAAUUUAGAUAUUCUAGUUCCUAAGUGGAAACUUGGAGACACCAAAAAUAUGAAAGCAAUAUUGAUUUUAACCGUGCUCGUCGUCAUCUUGUCGGUGCAUGUGGAUCAGUCAGACGCGUGGUUCGUCGCGACACUCGCAAAGAAAGCUGUGACAGCUGUUUCAAAUUUUGCGCUAAACCAACUAUGUAAGAUAAGAUGCACCGGGCAUGGGGAUUGCCGUGGCGGAAGUCAAUGUAUGUGUGACUCGGGUUGGAAAGGAGCAUCGUGUGCUUACGAUAUAAAUGAGUGCACUUCUAGCACGGAUGGAUGUGCUGGAACUUGCACAAACUCUGCAGGAAGUUUUACAUGUAGUUGUCCAAAUGGAAAAACUUUAGGUUCUGACGGAAAAUCAUGCAAUGAUGUGGAUGAAUGUAGAAUAAAUACUGAUGGAUGUGCUCAUGUUUGCCACAAUAAUGAUGGAAGCUUUACAUGCUCCUGCAACGCUGGUUACAAAUUAGGCUCCGACGGAAAACGAUGUGAUGAUAUAAAUGAGUGCACUGCUAACACGGAUGGAUGUGCUGGAACUUGCACAAACUCUGUAGGAAGUUUUACAUGUAGUUGUCCAAAUGGAAAAGUUUUAGGUCCUGACGGAAAAUCAUGCAAUGAUGUGAAUGAGUGUGAAAAAAAUACUGAUGGAUGUGCUCAUGUUUGCCACAAUAAUGAUGGAAGCUUUACAUGCUCCUGCAACGCUGGUUUCAAAUUAGGCUCCGAUGGAAAACAAUGCGUUGAUGUCGACGAGUGCCAAGAUGAUCUGGAUAAUUGUGCUCACAAAUGCAUUAACGAGAUCGGAGACUUCUCAUGUGAUUGUGACCCCGGGUAUACUCUGGCUACCAACGGACAUUCAUGCAAUGAUAUUAACGAAUGUGAUCAGGCUAUAGACGACUGUGAUCAAGUUUGCACCAAUCACAACGGCGGAUAUACGUGCUCAUGUCGUGUUGGAUUUAACUUGGCAUCAGACAAGAAAAAAUGUGAAGAUCGCAAUGAAUGCGAAGGGAAUGUGUGUCACCAACUUUGUUAUAAUGAAGUUGGUAGCUAUUCAUGUGGGUGUGAUCCAGGCUACGUUCUUGAGGCCGACAAAGUGAAUUGUGCAGAUAUUGAUGAAUGUAAAGAAGGACAUAAUUGUGAACAAACGUGUGAAAAUCAACCAGGAUCUUAUACCUGUACUUGUAAAUCCGGAUACAAGGUUGAUGACCAUAGGUGUCAUGAUAUCAAUGAAUGUGAAACAAACAACGGCGGAUGUGCACAGGUUUGCACCAACGAGUUAGGGAAGUUUUCCUGCAGUUGUGAAGCAGGAUAUGAAGCAGAAGGAUCUAACUGUAACGAUUUGGAUGAGUGCACACUUGGAACACACGAAUGUGAUCAGACAUGCACAAACACUGAAGGAUCAUACACAUGUUCUUGUGCGGCCGGAUAUAUCUCAGAGGAACUGAAAUGCUUCGACAUCGACGAGUGUACGAUUGGUACGCACGACUGUGCACAAAUUUGCACAAAUAUCAAAGGCUCGUUCGAAUGUUCCUGCAGUGAUGGUUUCGCGAGUGCAGAUGAGGGACGCGUUUGCAAUCCCAUUUGCACAGAAGCCUGUCAGAAUGACGGAAUUUGUGUCGCACCCAAUGUUUGCAACUGUACGAUAGAUUUCCACGGAGAAGUCUGCUCUAUACCUAAAUGCUACCCCCCAUGUGAUUUCGGAACUUGUGAGCAACUUGAAACAUCGAAUGAGUGUAAAUGUGACAACGGUUGGGACGGCAAAGCAUGCGAUCAGGAUAUCGACGAAUGUUACAUCGACUCGCCAUGUGGACAAGUAUGUAAUAAUCUUGAAGGAAGCUAUUUCUGUUCGUGCAACGAAGGCUAUGCUUUGUCUGAUGACCAAACUACUUGCAUUGAUGUGGAUGAAUGCUCUGGCGAACAUGGCUGUGAACACAACUGUAAUAACGUUGAAGGCUCCUUCUCCUGCAGUUGCAACGAAGGCUGGUCCCUCGGUGGUAAUAACUUCAACUGUAAAGAUGUCAACGAAUGCGAAGACGGCAAUCACGGAUGUGAGCAUACAUGCAUUAAUAACAAUGGAUCUUUCACAUGCCUUUGUAAUGAAAAUUAUUAUCUUUGGCAAGAUGGCAAGAGUUGUUAUGAAAUUGUCGACGAAUGGACUCUCAGUCGAAAAACUUGCCAAUGCUAUUACGACCCGACGAAAACAGAUUGUGCUUGCUGCAUUCCCGGCGGAUGCCAAUGCGACAGCAGAAACCCAUCAAGAUGUGUCCAGUGCGGAUACGGGGAUACAUGUGCUAUUUCAAUCGACGAAAUUGCUGCACCUUGCUUUUUCAACAACUCCAAAUUGGGAAAACUUGUCGCUUCUAGGGGCCAGUGUGACACAAGAGGCCGUUAUGUUCCACGACAGUGUGACAACGACGGCAAUUGUUUCUGUGUUUCAAGAAUUGGAAUAAAAAUAAAGGGAACUGAGGGAGCUGAUGCAUGCGAAAAUCCCUACUUUCUCGAUGGAUGGACUCUUCCCGGAAACUGCCAGUGCGAUCAUGAUCCUACAAAAAUGAACUGCGCAUGCUGUCGUAACCUCGGCUGUCAAUGCCCUAAUAAAAAGGGCAUUAAACGCUGUGUGCAGUGUGGAUUGUCGUAUUUGUGCGAUGCUCUUUCGAGUUAUUACGGCCAGUUCGACUUUUCCGUUGCUCCACACAUCGUUGUGAAGAAUAUGAACAAGCAGCCAUAAAUAUCAUAAUAGUCAGUCACAGUAGUCAUUCUAUAGUUAUCGUAUAGUUAAUUUACGCUUAAAUUUAACGCCAUACCGUUUUUUCACCAAACUAAAAACUUGAUGUUGUUUAAUAUGAUUGCACUUAAUCAAAUAUGAAUAUAUUUUUGGACAUUAAUCAUGGAUUUGAAUACUAUUAUCAACACUAUUUUAUUGGUUAUAUAUCUUAUCAUCAACAUCAUCUUAAAUUGAAUUGUUCGUAGCCUAAUGCAAAUUUUUGACGGGACAAGAAUUACCACGAAUAAGUAACAUAUCGUAAAAAAGGAUAUGAUGUUAAAUUUUCGUUUAGUUUUGUGUUUUUGUCUUGUCUCUGUUCGUCCUUGUCUCGUCUUUAUGUGUGUAGGUAACGAUGUUGCAAUAGUAUGAAAUGCAUAGCCGUAAUUUGACAUAG